UGAGUUUUAACGAAAUCUCGACUCGAUCUUCGUUGUGUUCGGUUUCGCUACGCAGGGGCAAAAUCAGUAUAUCGCUAAACGUCAACGGUAACCGAACAGAUCGUCCGGGACAGAAAAGCAUGUGGUUUUCACUGGGAAAUAUGAAUUCGGUUUAAUGAAUUUACUCGAAACCUAACAUUCGGAAAAGUUGUUCUGCAGAUCUUAAAUGCACACCGCACGCACACCAGCUCGCCCAGACACAUACACACACACACACACCCAGAGCUACACAGAUUCAGUUGCUUAAAGUGAAGUUCGGUUUUCACUGAAACAAAAACAGCGCGCUUCGUUUUCGCACUCGCUUAAAUUACAAAAGUGAUUUUUGUUGGUGUUGGUGCAACUAGUUGGUUCUGAUUUUGGGAAAAACGCGCCUUAAAACCACGAAAAUAUCUGCGACUAGCAGUGUGAAAAAGCUGAAGCUGAAGUCAACUCCGAAAAGUUGGCGCUGGUCAAAAGAAAAAAUUCAGCUACAACAACAACUGGCCACUGGAAACUACAGCUACAACAAAUAAAGCAGUCAGCAACAGCAAAAACAACAACCCAGCAAACGGCAUUCUUUCGCGCAACAACAACGACUCCACGCACACAGAUACUCGCAGUUGCGCUCGCCCGCGUGUGCAAGUGUGCUGGUGGUAGUGAGUUUUGAUUAAAGUAUGUGCGACGCUGGAAUGCGGCCCGAUCGCUGUUGACUGCGCAGUCGCAGCGCGCGUCGUGGAAGUGGAAGAGGUCAGAAAGUAACAACAACGAAACGAAAUUUUACUGUUAGGCACUUAUCGAUAGCCAAAUCGAUAGAUCGGUUCAAGAGUGCACGAAGAGUGAGCAAAAGUUAAACAAAACUACAAAUUGAAAAGCCAGUUAUUGUGGAUUACGCGAAACAGAAGCAGAUACAGCACUAACAAUGCCGACAUCUGCGGCGGCUUGAGCAACCUAUUUCGAACGCGCGCGCUGUAUACGGAAAAUGAUGCAGCAUGCGAGCAUUUUGCACCGUCAGCGCGCCUUUGGAAGUAUGCGCGUCCUCAGCAGAGCAACUAUCACCAGGCUCGCGAUUCCUGGCCCUGAGGCUUCUGGGGCAGCAGCAGCCGAAAACCUUGUACUUCCUAGUCGAUGCCAAGAGUCGAGUUCGCGAGGUCUACACGCAGACAUGUCUGCACUUUGCCACGCAAGGGAUGCUGGACACCGAACUAUUUGGUCUGGCUGUGCUCAUAGAUGGCGAGUACAUGUUCGCAGAUCCCGAGAGCAAGCUCUCAAAAUACGGCCCAAAGAGCUGGCGAUCAUCGCACACCCACGGGCUGGAUGCCAAUGGACGACCGCUCCUGGAGCUACACUUUCGCGUGCAGUUCUACAUCGAGAGCCCGUUCAUGCUGAAAGAUGAGACGUCCCGCCAUAAUUACUACCUGCAGCUGCGACACAACAUCUUGCAGCGCGAUUUGCCGAGAGAACAGGCGGAGCAGGCACUGGUCUUCCUUGCUGGACUGGCUCUUCAGGCGGAUCUGGGCGAUGCUCCUCCGGGGUCGAGUGCUUCCAAGGAUGCCAAGGAUGAUUCAGGGGAGGAGGCGUUGGCAUCUUCUUCUAGCGGAGGAAGAGGGCUGAGUGUUACCACUACCUUACCCAAGAUCAGCAAACGUGCCAAUGAGAGGAUGCUAAGACUCUCGACAUAUGUGGCGUCCACAUCAAAGAGAGAAUCAGUACCGUUGCCGCCCACCCUGCCACCGAAUGGAGUCGACUACUACCGGAUCGAGGAUUACCUACCCAGUGGACUGCACACUCCCUGGGCGAGAAGUGCAAUGAGAGCCUGUCACCGGGAGCAUUUGGGAAUGGCCACGUCGGAGGCGGAGCUGCUAUAUAUCCAACAGGCAUGCAGUCUCCAUGAAACCAUCAAUGCCCAUACGUACAGGAUGCGAUUGGCCAAAAGCGAGCAGGGCUGUGGUAGUGCCUGGUUUGUGGUCUAUGCCAAGGGCAUCAAGAUCCUGGGAGGAGAGUGCACCAGCAGCUCACCCAAUCCCGAAACCACAACCUUUCUGUGGCCGAAUAUCACGAAGCUCUCCUUCGAGCGAAAAAAGUUUGAAAUACGAUCUGGAGAGAGCCGAAUCACGCUGUACGCCGCAUCCGAUGAGAAAAACAAACUCCUACUGACCCUCUGCAAGGAUACACAUCAGUGGAGCAUGAAGCUAGCUGCCAGGCUAAAGGAGGUGUCCAAACGGGAGGAGGAGGAGGCUGCCGAAUCACAAAGGCUACAUGCCAGUUACGCUUGCUCCAGAAGUCUGCUCUUGCCCUACAAAAGCAAAAACGAGCAGCGAAUAUCGGUUAUCUCGAGUACCAGCUCCAACACAACCUCUGGGAUAGUAAGUGAUCGGGUGCACUCCGAAGAUGAGCUGGAGAUCAUGAUCAAUACACCACCAGCACCCUUAGCUGCUCCGUCAACGGAAAGUUUGGCCCUGGCUCAUCUCUUGGACAGACCCAGUGUGAGCAGGCAAACUUCGAGUGUGGGCCAGAUGUCUCUGAAGGAUUUGGAAGAACAACUAGCUGCCUUGAGUGUGAGGCCACAAGACGCGAGCUCUAACGGGGCCACGGCCAUCACGAACUCCUCUGUUCAGAGAAAUUCCAUGGGAACAGCGGCCAAUGAUUCCUCUACCGCCACUGAUUCCCCCAGUUCGCAGCAUAACAUCGGCUCUCAGUGUUCCUCCACUUGUAGCACUGUAGUGGUAACUUCUCCUGUCAAUGGAGCAGGGGCUUCCUCGUCAGGUGCCCCCAUUCCUGUGCACUCCACAUCGUCCAGUUUGGAACUUGGCUUUAGUCACACCGCUCAAAACUCGGCCUUGAGCGAAACGAAUCCCGACGAUUUCCUCUCCACAUCGGCAAGAGAAGAAACGGAGAGUGUAUCGGGCGCAUCUGGAGUCUAUACAUUGGCGCACGGAGCUCCACCCACGGAAACAUCAGGUGUUUACACAAUGCACAGCAGUGAGCUAACUGGACAAUCAUCGGAGAUUGCCGAGUCGGAAAAGAGUUCGCACUACGGGAUGUUCCAGCCCCAGAAACUGGAAGAAACCCACGUGCCGCAUCCUGAUUCUGUAGAUGGCAAAAAGAAAGAAGACUUCAGGCUGCGAUCGGAUUCUAACGUCAGCACGGGGAGCUCCUUUAGAGGCGAUGGGAGCGAUCCAACGGACAACAAACAUUCCUUGCUCUCCGCUGAAGAGUUGACCAAUUUGAUUGUGGGCAGGGGGACCUACCCCAGCCGGAAAACGGUAUCCAGUAGUCUUCACUCGGACUGUGAUUACGUGACCUUACCACUAGGAAAUCAAGGAGAAGAGGAGGUGGACCAGCCACCAGCACCACCGCCCCCCUACAGUGCUAGGCAUGAGAAAACUGGUCUAUGUGGCCCACCGAUCAUAAAUAAACCUUUGCCUAAACCUAUAGCUGUGGUGGCUCCCAAACCAGAUUCACCGCCAUGUAGUCCACCGGUGCCUCCAGCACCAAUUCCAGCUCCACCCCCGGCUAUUCGACGAAGAGAUCCUCCGCCAUAUUCCAUCUCUAGCAAGCCCAGACCCACAUCCCUGAUAUCUGUGAGUUCGUCGGCAAAUCCGGCGCCCAGUGCUGCCGGCUCGAUGAGUUCUUUAAAGUCAGAGGAGGUUACAGCCCGAUUUAUCACCACCAGGCCACAGAUAAGUAUCCUGAAAGCCCACACCAGCCUGAUUCCCGAUGGGGCCAAGCCAAGUUACGCGGCACCGCACCAUUGUUCAUCAGUUGCCUCGUCCAAUGGAUCGGUUUGCAGCCAUCAGUUGAGCCAGCAGUCGUUGCAUAACUCCAACUAUGCAGGCGGAUCACAGGCUUCACUGCACCAUCAUCACGUGCCGGCUCACCACCGACAUUCUGGAUCGGCAGCCAUUGGGAUACCAAUAGUUCCUUACGGUCUGCACAAGAGCACGGCUUCACUGCAUCAUCAGCAGUCAUGUGUGCUACUACCGGUUAUCAAACCUCGGCAGUUUCUGGCACCACCACCGCCCAGUUUGCCGCGGCAGCCGCCACCACCGCCCCCACCGAAUCACCCCCAUCUGGCGGGUCACCUUUACGGGAGGGAAAUGGCUAGAAAACAAUUGGAGCUCUACCAGCAGCAGCUCUACAGCGAUGUGGAUUACGUAAUUUACCCCAUCCAGGAUCCAGCGGUAAGCCAGCAGGAGUAUCUGGAUGCCAAACAGGGAUCCCUACUAGCGGCAAUGGCCCAAGCAGCUCCGCCCCCACCGCACCACCCUUAUCUGGCCAUGCAGGUGUCGCCGGCGAUUUACAGAAGCACGCCCUACCUACCACUGGCCUUGUCGACCCACUCCCGAUAUGCCUCCACCCAAAAUCUAUCGGACACAUAUGUGCAGCUGCCAGGACCCGGUUACUCACCCCUGUACUCUCCUUCGAUGGCCAGCCUAUGCUCCUCGUAUGAGCCGCCACCGCCGCCUCCCCUUCACCCGGCUGCUUUGGCAGCAGCAGCUGCAGCGGGGGCUAGCUCCUCGUCCUCCUCGAUGUUUGCGCGAUCGCGAUCAGACGACAAUAUUCUGAACUCGCUAGAUUUGCUGCCCAAGGGAAAGCGACUGCCACCGCCGCCCCCACCACCGUAUGUAAACAGACGGCUAAAGAAACCACCCAUGCCGGCGCCCAGUGAAAAGCCACCUCCAAUACCGUCUAAGCCCAUUCCUAGCAGGAUGAGUCCGGUUCCACCGCGCAAACCUCCCACGCUGAAUCCGCAUCAUGCGAACUCACCGCUGACAAAGACCUCCAGCGGCGCCCAGUGGGCAGGCGAGCGUCCGAGACCUGACUUGGGUCUUGGUUUGGGAUUGAACCGGGGAAACAACAGCAUUUUGGCCCAGCUGCAGGCUUCAAUGGUAGCCCAGUCUCAUGCCCAGGCACAGGCCCAAGCGCUGGACAUUGCCCUUCUUCGGGAGAAGAGCAAGCAUCUAGAUCUGCCACUAAUCUCGGCGCUCUGCAACGAUCGUUCCUUGCUGAAACAGACUAAGGUCGCUAUAAAUCCGAAGACUGGCCAGGAAAUGCCCACGUCCAGUGCACAGCCGUCAGGAGCCACCACAAAUGGUGUUUCCAACUCCUCUGCAGGGGGUGGAACCCUAAGCAAGGUCAGGAAAGGAUCUACCGUCAGCCACCGCCAUCCGCAGGACAAACUACCGCCUUUACCUGUCCAGCAAUUGGCGGAGGCCAACAACUACGUGAUCGAUCCCGCCGUCAUGAUGAAGCAACAGCAGCAGCAGCACAACAAGACCAGCUAGACUCGUCAAGCUAUCUGGGAACCGGAGCGGAUGUGGACAAUGGGUCCAAAGCGACACUCUUCUCUCUAGUUCGAUUGCUGUUCGAAGUGCUGACGUAUGAGUGUGCCCGGGUGAAGAGCUAGUUCUGCGUUCGGAAAUUUGCAUAGAUCAGUUCGGGUGGUGUAGCGUUAUAUAAAUUCGAUCACAGUGUUUCGAAGGGUACAGAUUCGCCGGGCACUAAAGGGUUGAUGUAAACGAAAACCCACCGUAAGAAACCAUUUGUCGGAACAGCAGAAAGAGUAGCUAUUUAGUAGGAACUAACAUGCAUUUAACUAACAAAGCCAGUUCUAUAGAAAAACACACGCUAGCAGGUCCACAGCUUCAGAUGGUAAAUACAGAAAACUAAAGUAACACGAGCCACUGAAACAACUGAAUAAUACAGAGUCAAUACUUAAGCCUACAGGACGUGAGCAACUUAACCUCAAAACACGCAUUCAAAUAAUCAGAACCCAGUCUAGUCACUUAAGGGAAUUGGUAAAGUAACCACAACAGAAACCACAAUGACACACCAUC